AUGAAUUAGAUUUAUCAUGAUUCUCUUCUAUUGGCUCUGAAAACGUAAAUCUUAGUUCCCAUCACCUUGGACUGUAGAUAUCUCAAAGAAGCCCUAUGUGAAAUUUCUAACGAAAAAUAGUUUUUAUAAAUUGAAGACUAUGUCUUAAACUAGGACUUGAUCGAUAAGGUUAAUGGACGAACAAUUAACUUGUUGAUAGAGUGUAUUAAAAUUCUCCGAAAGUAUAUGUUCAUAGGGUGGAAUGCUAGCCCUUAAUUUAUUGAGGACAUAGUAUAUGAAUUCAUUGAUAAAAGUACUGAGGACUGGGUAGAACCGCUCUUUUUUGUGCAAAGACUCCCAGAAAUCAGAGUACAAUUAAAAGCAUAUUAUAAGACAUUUUAAGAAAACGCAUUCGAAUUGUGUGAUACUUUAAUUGCCGAACUUUGUGAUGAUUUCUUAAAUAGUGCAUAAAUAAAUGUGCUAUUAAAUGAAAUUUUGGAAUCUCAAUUAAAAAGGGUUGCAUUUGAUCUUUUUGAGUUUGCCUAUCUUGAUACCCAAAUUACUAAUGAAUUUUUGGACACCCUGCAAAAAUUGUUUAUUGAUUUGGUAACUGAUUUCUUCAACUAUCUCAUUGAUGUUGCUUGUCAUGCCAACUAUAAAAUGCAACAAUUAGAUAAACUACUCAAGGUUUAUGGAAGCUUAGCAAAUCAAGAGAAUUACAAAUAUAUGUAGAAGGAAAUUUCAUAAAAUAUCAUUGAUUAUGGUGAUAUCUCAUUAGUAGGCCAAUCAUUUUAAGUGAAUCCAGAGAAACACUCUGUUAUUGUCAGACAAACAAUCAAACAUUUCUACUAUGUAAUGGAUGAAUGCAAACAUUAUUUUACAGCCAAACAACAUAAGAAUUUUGAUGAAUUGAUUAAUAAUGCUCAAUUUAAUAUCAUCAAACCUCUUCCUUAAAAUAUUCAAAUUAUUCAGGAUUCAGAUGACCUUCCCUUAAUGGAAUUAUGUAAAGAAAUCAAAGUAAUCAAAUCAGUGAAAGUACAAAAAAAUGAUUUGAAAGGAUUAAAAAUUGUUGUUAAAUAGGAGAAAACAAAUAAAGUUCAAUAAUUUAUUUUGAGUCUAUCAUAUCAUUAUUUGAUGUUUCAUAAAUUUGAAGAAGGUUGGGAGCCAUUCGAUGAAGAAAGAGAAUUAAACAUCAUACUAGCCAAGUUUCUCAAUGAAUAAUUUGAUUAUCUUCAUUGUGGACAUCCUGAAUUUAAAAAGAGAGUUGCUAGUGAAAAGUCUAUUGAUAGAACUACUGAUGAUGUUUCUGGAUUCAAAAAUGCUGUCAUUAAAUUCAAAAAAAUUAGUGCUCCUAAAAAACCAAUUAGAUAUGGAACAUCCAAUAGAGUUAUAGGUGGUAAAGCACUUGGAAUGGGUAUUGGUGUACUUAUUGUUGAUUGUCUUGAUGAAGAUAUUCCUUGGGAUGAUAAAUUAAAAAAUGCUGGAUUUACAGCUAUUUCUUUUGGUGUUCUUGGCAUUCUUGCAUCCAGAUUACCAAUUGUAGGUAUUAUCAUAUAACAAGUCAUUUUUGCUAUGGCUGUCAAAUCUAUUCUAGCCAAUAAGGUCAUUAAUGAUUCUUAAACCGCAAAAAAUCUUGGGCAUUUGGGUCUUAUUAUUACUAUUGGUGUAGGCAUGACGAUAGCAGGUAGCAUCAUGUUUCCAAUAGCCUUUUGGGGAGCCUUUUUUGGAGGUCUUCUUGGUGGUGUAGGCAUGGGUUUGUAUUAAAAGUUUUUGAUUCCUUAUUAUAUGGAUAAUAUUGUCGAGAUGAUGAACAAGGCAAGCAGACUGAUUAGGCAAAAUGGAGCAGUAAGAUACAAAUAGUAUGCAUUACAAAAAUUAUAAAUUGAUGAGAAAUUUUUAGGUACUCACAAACCAUCUAAUUUGGAAGAUGAUUAAUAUUUCACAUUGCUUAUGUUUUGUCUUAGCAAUGAAAUAAGGUUGAUAAGCAAUGCUUCAUAUUCAAAAUAAUUGGAAAAGUUGAUAUAAAAGAAAGCCACGGAGGAGGAGAAGUCCAAUUUAUUAUAAAGAUAAUGUUAAAUUGAGGUUUCAUUGAAAAUUUGGAAUGAAACCUAUGAUUAUCUAAAAUCACAAAAUAUAAGUUUGGUUGAGAAUGCUAAGACCUGUGCUGAAUUCGUGGAUGGUAUGCUCACAAAUUACAAAGUUGAAUGA